AUGAAGUGUUCCGAUCUUCCAGCUGAUGUUAAAGAUUUGUUCCCUAAGGAGAACUUGGAGUUUGCCCACUCCAUAACGAAAGAUGAAGCUGAAGUUCUAAGAGAUGUUUUCGCCACUCAUGGAUGUUUUGAGAAGAUUGGUGAAAUGAUUGAAGCUGUCUCUUCUCGCAAUGCCGUAUUAGGACAACGAAUGAAGAUUGUUCUAGAGAGCAACUGUGCCCGUCUACAAGAUCUAAGCCCAGCAGCCAUUGAGUACAGUAAAAGGAUUAUACAUUUUGUUACUCAUGUACAAUGCCAAUUAACAUUAGGAGUUACAACUUGUUUUAAGAAAGCUGCUGAACUUCAUGAUGACUUCAAGAAGCUGUCACCAGCUGAUCAAGCAAAUAUGAAGAGAAACAACCCGGAUGUGAAAUUUUAA